AUGCCUCCUGCAAUUAUCUCCCCGUCGCAACUUUCUCCAAGCGUUCUCGCCUCAGACUUUGGGCAACUAACUGCUGAAUGCAAGCGUAUGAUCGAUGGUGGUGCGACAUAUCUUCAUAUGGAUGUCAUGGAUGGCCACUUUGUCGACAACAUAACCAUGGGUCCCCCGGUGCUAGCCAGUGUUAGCAAGGCGAUACCUGGCAUCUUCAUGGACUGCCACAUGAUGGUGGCCAAGCCAGAGAAGUGGGUCAACGCAGUCGCCGAUGCCGGCGGGUCACUCUACUGUUUCCAUAUCGAGGCAACGGACGACCCCCUCCCCAUUAUCGCGUCGAUUCAUGCCAGAAAUAUGAAAGCCGGCGUAGCAAUUUCCCCCGAUACCCCAUCCACCGCAAUAACCGACGAGAUUGGUCAUGCUGCCGACAUGCUUCUUGUUAUGACUGUCUAUCCCGGUCGCGGUGGCCAAAAAUUUCUCGAUCGCUGCGUACCCAAAGUCGCUGAACUUCGCGCCCGAUUCCCUGAAAAAGACAUUGAAGUUGAUGGCGGUGUUGGGCCGAGCACAGUUCAUGCCUGUGCCCACGCUGGAAGCAAUGUCAUCGUGGCAGGAACCGCCAUCUUCAACGCUGCUGACCCCAAUCAAGUCAUAGCUCAGCUUACAGCCACCGUGAAUGAAGCCCAGAGGCAGUCAUAA